AUGGAAGAGCCUUCGGGGGCUCGCGAAUCCAGGGCCCGACCAAGAGAGCGGGACCCGAACCGGCACCCCCGUCCGAACCGAGACCACCGCCCCGAGCGACAGCGGGACAGACCCGGGGACCGGCGCCGGGAGAAAGACGGGGACGGGCAGCGGGACGCGGACCGCCGAGGGGACUGGGACAGGGGGAGGGACCGAGACCCACGGCAGGAGAGACAUAGGGUCGAGGGCCAUCACCGAGAUGAACAAAGAGCUUGGGAAAAGUCCCGCCAAAGCCGGAAGAGAGGCGGACCCCUGAGGUCAACCUGGGACGCAGCCCCGCCCCCCUGGCCCGAGCCUUGGGAAACCCCGGAGCCGCCACCAAAGAGGAAGGAGGGCCUGGGGCGUCAAGGACCAGACAGUGAACUUGCUUCUGGGAGAUACGUGCUCUCCAACCCCAGGCCUGGACAAGAGGAAGUGGAAUAUUGCCAGUCAGAGGCUGAGGGACUCCUGGAAUGUCACAAAUGCAGAUACCUGUGCACUGCAAGAGGUGUGGUACAGAUAGUGGAGGUGAUAUUGAAUGGGAUGGUUCUCAUGUGUAUCGUGGCCUCCUACUUUGUCCUUGCUGGAUUCAGUGCCAGCUUCACCAGCGGCAGUGGAUUUGGGAACAGCUAUCACUCACCAUUUGAGGGCACUGAGCUGGAGCAGGUUCGGCAGCUGGACCAGCAGUACGCGGUCCUCCGGGCACCCCUGAUAUAUGGUGGCGUGGCUGUUUCUUUGGGGCUGGGUGUCCUCACCAUGGGUGUUUUACUCCAAGGAGCCAAGAGCCUAAAAAAACUGUCUGGGAAGUGGCUUCUCAUGGAGGCUGCCUUCAGCCUCCUAGCGGCAGUGGGCUACUGCAUAGGCAUUGGCAUUUAUCUCCAUGUAGCUCUACAGAUUAAUUCCACAGACACCUGCAAAGCAAGAGAGAGGCUCUAUGCCCGCAGGGGUCUCACCUGGAUGAACUGCCAGCUAGCAGGCACUGAUGGGGCAGCAGCCACCUUUGCUUGUCUUCUUGUGAUUAUGUACGGUGCCAGCAUGGUGCUGGCCCUACGGAGCUACCGAGAACAGAAGCACUACAAAGACAGCCAAGAAGAGCACAGAAAUUACAGUGAUCCACCAGAAUACCUGUGGUCUGGAAUACUUUGA